GGGACUGGUCAUGUCGGUGCUGCGCGGGCCGAGGCCCCGUGCCGCCGGCAGGAAGGGCCCGAGGAGGCCGGUUAAACGGGACUGGGACAGCACCGUCCAUGAUCUGUCAGUCCACCGUGCAACUCCUGAGGACAUUCUGCGUCGCCACGAAAUACACAAGUCAAAAAACAAAGCACUGGCGCAGCUGGAACUGCAAGAGAAAGCACUGAAAAGAAAAUGGAAGAAGCAAAAGGCAACUGAUUCCUUGGAGAAAAGAAAAUUGAUUCUGAUGCGUGAGAUUCUGUCUGAUCAAUACCAGUUGCAAGAUGUAUUGGAACGAAGUGAUCAGGUUAUAGCUGUGGCAAAAGACUUGGUUGGGGAUGCUCCUCGCACGCGAACAGGUAUCCCUAAUGUAACAAUGGCUCCUAACUGUGACCUAGAAUCAUCUCAAGGACCCAUUGUACAAAAACGUGAUACUCCCACUCAGCUUUCCAUCCUUAGCGAAUCUGUCAUGCGUUCCCAGGCUCUUAAUGAAGUGGAAGAGGAGGCAUCAUCAAUCUGUCAAUCAGAAGAUGGACACCAUGACUCUCCGCGUUUCAAAUCCAGCAUCAGUUCUGACAGACUACUUCGGUUGUUGAGAGAAGAAAAUUCCUUGGUGAAUUCCCAGUUGUGGGCUGAAAAGGAUAUGAGAAAAACUGCCUUAUCACAGGAAAAGGAUAUGAGAAAAACUGCCUUAUCACAGGAAUCAAAUGUGCCUUUGACUCCAACUGCUUCUCCAUCAUGGGAUCAGUCAGCCCUCAAUGGUAGCAGUGUAGUCAAGAGAAUUCAUUCAAGACUUCACAAGGAAGACGAAGAAGAGACUGAAGACUCCGCUUACAGUGUGAGACAAGUGCUGAACCCGAAGUCAAGGAAACAAAAGCAAAUUGCAGCAAAAGUGAAAAGGAAACAAACUGCCCAGAGCUCUGUGAGACAGAGGAGAGAUGGUUCCUCAGGUAAUUCAAUCCCCAUUGACCUUCAGAGGGACAAUAAAUCCAGCCUGGAUGUUCUUAAACACAUGAUGCAUGAAGUGGAGCAUGAAUUGGAGGAAUAUGAACGAUGUACAGGUCGUGUGGUUCAGAAAACUGAGAGAAGUGAAGGGCUCAGUGGGUUUACCUUGUCACUGGUGAACGCUCUCUGUCGUCUGAUGCGCUACCUCAAAGAGAGUGAAAUGCAGCUGCGUGAGAAGGAGGUGAUGAGGCAGCAGCAAGAGGAGAUGUUGAAUGAACACAGAGAACUGAUUGAUGCUCUGACUGCAGAAAUACUUCUAGUCAGGGAGGAAAACAGUACUAUGCAGAAGAAGCUUCAGCAAUACAUGACAGUAACAGAUGAACAGCUGAUGGCUCUCACACGAGCAUUUGAAGGCCUCCCUUUGGUAGAACCCAGAAGAGAACAAAGUCCAAACCAUUUUGGAGUUACAGGCAAAGGUCCAGCAAAUGGCCAAGAAAAACCUGACUUGAGCUGUUCUGAGCCCAGGCCUGAUGCAGGCAACAGGGAAAAUAUGCUGACUCCACAGGAAGAACUUCCUUUCAUGUCCCCAAGGCCAGGCACCUCAGGUGGUGUGGGAUCUGGUAGAGGCUUGCCAGCUCAUGUCUUCCAGCCAGCUGUGCUGUUGUCACCCCCCCGGCAGAAGAGCAGUCAGGAAUUGUCUCCCCUCCAGAAUGCAUUCACAGUCAUUCCUCAGUCUCCUGAAAACACCGACAGAGAACCGUGCAAGGAAAGGAGCUCACCUUCCUUCCUGAGAGCACAGAGUACAGUUGAGAACUGUCUCAUCUCUCGAAGGCAACCAGUUCCUCCUGCAGACAGAGACUUGGAGAGUUCCCAUGAGAAAAGCAGUGUGUCCUCCUCCUGUGACACUAGGAAAAGCAGCCCAGGUGAAGAGUUACUUCCAAACAGCGAUCUGCUGGGACAGAUAGCUGAGCUCACCCGGCAGAACUCUCUCAUUAAAGCUCAACUCAGCAAGUUCAGAGGUUUAUCUGAAGACACAAGUGACUACCUACAUCAGUUAGACCCACUACAAAAUGCAGAUCCUAGUCCAGCCUCUUCACAAGGACAG